UUGUGUGACUUCCUGUGCACGCCGGAUCCGCUGCGUAAGUCGUCCGCUGUUCGGUUAAGAAGGCCAAAUAGGCACAUCUCGAUUUAAAGACGUGAUGGCUGCAACAUUGCGUUUACUGUACUCCGUGUCAAGGCCAGGCACCUUUGUGGGCAGCCAGAAUCUAGUGAGGUCCUUCAGUGUGUCUCCACAAAGGGAUGGAUUCAAGUAUGUGAAUGCCCAAGAGAUCCCCACAGACAUGAAGUCCAUCACAGACAGAGCUGCACAGACACUGCUGUGGACAGAACUCUUCAGAGGUCUGGGCAUGACAAUGAGCUACCUCUUCAGAGAGCCCGCUACCAUCAACUACCCAUUUGAGAAGGGACCACUGUCGCCACGUUUCAGAGGAGAACAUGCCCUGCGCAGGUACCCUUCAGGAGAAGAGCGCUGCAUUGCCUGCAAACUGUGUGAAGCUAUCUGCCCUGCCCAGGCCAUCACCAUUGAGGCAGAGACUCGUACUGAUGGCAGCAGGAGGACAACUCGCUACGACAUCGACAUGACCAAAUGUAUCUAUUGUGGUUUUUGUCAGGAGGCCUGUCCUGUGGAUGCCAUUGUUGAGGGCCCUAACUUCGAGUUUUCCACUGAAACCCAUGAAGAACUUCUCUACAACAAGGAAAAGCUUCUCAACAACGGAGACAAGUGGGAAGCAGAGAUAUCUGCCAACAUACAAGCUGAUUAUCUCUACCGAUAGACACAACACACAAAACGUCCCUCAGUGUACAGUUAGCUCAAAUAAACUCUGUGUCACAAACAAAUGUCCAUUCUGUACAUACUUUAAGAGGACAUUUAUUCUUUAUCUGAAAGAAACCUGGAUCAAUGCAUUUUCUCUGGUGUCAGUUUCAUCCCCUCCUGAUAUAAUGAAUAUACUUUGAUAUGUCUCUGACUAUUGCCAAGUCAUUGUUUAUAUACAUAUUUAAUUUAGAAUGAUCAAUACUACACUGACAGACUGUGUGACACGAGUGCAACAGUGAUGUCCACACAAAUGUACAUGGAGUAUUGCUUAACUUGGGUGGCAGUGCUGUUUCAACCCUCAUGCAAAUAAAUAAAAUUCUGGGAGAAAUACUA